AUGACGGAGUCGGUAGAUCUUUUAAUGCCAGGUGUGGGUGAGAUGGUUGGUGGUAGCAUGAGAUGCUGGGAAUACGACAAACUCAUCGACAGCUACAAGAAAAACGGAAUCAACCAAGCACCGUACACCUGGUACACGGAUCAAAGAAAGUACGGUUCCUGUGCCCAUGGCGGAUACGGUUUAGGCUUGGAAAGGUUCUUGGUUUGGAUGACCGGUCGCAACCACAUCAGAGACGCGUGCCUUUAUCCGAGAUUCGUCGGCAGAUGUAAACCUUGA